AUGGUCUCACAACUCACUCUCUUAUUCCGCGACAAGCUGCAAACCACCGAAGAAAACGAAACGCAGAACACUGUAACAGCAGAGAAAAGAUCCAAGAAGAAGAAGGCGGAUUCUUCUGAAACAGCGAAGAGCGGAUCAGAUUCUUCUGAAACCGAUAACGUUUUCGGCUACUUUUUUUCGUCGCCCAUAUCGUCGUCUUCGUUCAAGAUGCCGCUUCGUUACCCGGACUACAGGAGAGAAGACUAUGAAAACAUGUCGGAAGAAGAGCUCGAUCGGCUUCUCGACGUGUACGGUCUGCCUGUUCUCGGUGACUUGUCGCACAAGAAAGCUUUCGCAAUCGGUGCUUUCUUGUGGGAGAAGGAUAUCGUCUACGAGCAGGAAGAGUCUUCUCCUCCUCCUCCAGAUGAUUGUUUCAUAAACCCUAAUUCAGUGAAAUCUAGACUGGGAUUGACGGAGGCUUUGAGAGAGAUGGUUCGGCUCAUGUUUCGUGUGUAG